AUGUCGGCGCCGGCGUCGUUCGACAAUUUGGUGGCACGAAAGGGAAGUCCUACGCACAGCUUUCGUAGCGGUAGUACUAAUGCUUCUGCUUCGAAUAUGAGCGAAACUCGAGAUCUUUCCCGACAGUCAGCUCAGCAAGCAAGACACAAUCAUCGUCGUGCUAUACAAGCAAGAAAAGUUGUGUUUUUGGUCUUGAUUUUGUUGUUAAUUCUUGGCGGACUAAGUUAUGCUAUAUACAGAGUUGUUAGCAACGACUCAGAGGAGACUGAAUCAACGAAAAUAAAAUUGGAAGGGAAUGAUAAAACAUCGAUACAUAUCAAGACAAGCUCAGUCUUUGUAGACGAAUUAAAAACUUCAACUAUUCAUGGUAUGUAGCGUUUCUGCUUUUCUUUCUAUCCAACUACAUUUCGUUUUGGAAGGGCCAUUCAACUAUAUCUGAAAAACACAAGUAAAACGUCGACGUUUUGAGUCUUAUCUCGAAAUGUCGAAGUAUCCUACACAUAUUUUUCAGGUAAUUGAAUCCCUACAUAUCCGCAGUUUCUGGUUUUAUUGUCACUACUGAUGUCGCCACAGACCGAUAACAUUUUGUUUUGUUUGAGAUUAGUUUUCGAUGAAAGCUUCUCCAAUUAAUUGAACGACUUUAGCGAUAAUGCAUAAUUAUUAUAUGCGUGAUAUCAAUAUUGUAUUUCAUUUACUAGUUUUCUAGUGCUUUAUUUAUUGCAGUAAUAUGCCCAAAAGGGACCGCGAACAUGGCCGGUAAAUUUGUCUUGUUCUCAUGUAAUUGCAUUAUCAAUGAAUAUAUAUGAAUAUAUACUACUUCAACCGUUUUUCAAUUUUGCAUAUAUCGGACCAUAUUACGAAUUGUUUAAACGAGAGAUAAUUUUAUCUUUUCUAACGCCACGCAAGUUUGAACACUGUUAAACAACAGCCGAUAACUGCCGAUUCUACUGUUUCCAACUAUAUUAUAACAAAAGAAAUUACUCCACAUAUAUAUAUAGCUAACGCGACAGUAUAUAUCAAUUCGACCAAACGUCUCAGUUUGCAAUUUUGCUCUAUCCAUCACAGUAUUUUUUCGACCGUUUAAGAAUAGAUAUGUACAAGCUUCUCUCAAAGAAGCACAAUUUUGCUCCUACUGCAUGUUAUAGGCCUAUUUCUAAUGUUCGGCAACAUUAACUCAAUUUAAUAUAGGGAUUUAAAGUUGCAUAUACGGCUGUGUUAUAUAUAGAAGUUAAAUUUUCAUGGCGGUUGACCUGGCACUGAAAAAAUGAAUAAUUCUUCGUCAGAAAGUAUAUUUUUAGCAGGUCUCUGGAAACCGCAAUUUUCUCGAUUAUUCUGGUUACUUCUUAAUUCUUCUUAUUUUCAUUUUGCUCAAAUAUUCUGGUUAUUUCUUAAUAAGUACGAUAUUAUGCUUAUUAUUAACUUUGCAUGCGUUCAAUUGUGAAUCAAAUAUUAUCAUCUGCAUGGGACUUUACAUUAGUACACAGUUAACGAAAGGGAACUGCAGGGAGUGCAAUUUCAAAAUUAUUUCCAACGUCUCAGCCAAUCAGAAUUGAGAAAUGGUAAUUAAUUAUUUAUUAAUUGAAAUCGUCUGAAACACCGAUCUUAAGUGCACAUAUAGAAUUUAGGAAUUUUACAUAAUAUUAUUGUUUUGGUCUUUUUGGCUCUUAAAACUACCGAAAAUGACGUUACGAUGAUUUAAGGAAACUGAUUUGCAUGUCUUCAGGCUGGUUGCACUAUCAAAGUUUCUGUGAUCACAGCUAUCAAGAUAUGAUGGUGUGGAAACUAAACAGAAGUGUUUGUGUUAUGUUUUUGUCUGAGCGUUAUUCAUGCAUAUAUGAAUUGAAAUUGCGAAUUGUUUUUAAGCAAUGGAUGAUUCCAGCUGUAGAUCGAGACAAAAAGAACGAAAUCCAUUACCAUAGCUGGAAAGAGUAUCUUAAAAUGAGUAAAAUUGCAAAGUUUGGUUGCAAUUUUACUCAUUGUAAAAUGAGGAAUAUAUAGCCCUGUGAAGUUCGCAAAUUUUGUAUAUAAUUAUUUGCAUUACACGCGGGAAAAUAACCAUUUUUGAGCCAUUUUUGAACAAAAUUUGCGAUCUUCACAGGGCUAUAUUUUCUUAAUUUUACAACAUUCAGCAACCAAUUGUUGCAGUUUUACUCAUUCUAAGACACUGCCUCUUUCUAGCUGUGGUGUUGGAUUACGUUCUUCUUGGCAAUCUUGCCUUGACCAUAAUUUAGUCUUUAGCUGGAAUCACCCAUUGAAAUGUCCGAAACACCGAUCUUUAAUUAGUGCACAUACAGAAAUUAGGAAUUUUACAUACCGGUAUUAUUAAUAUUAUUGUUAUGGUCUUUUUGGCUCUUAAAACUAUCGAAAAUGACGUUAAAACGAUUUAAAGACACUGAUUUGCAUGUCUUCAGGCUGGUUGCCACUAUCAAAGUUUCUGUGAUCACAACUAUCAAGCAGUGGCGUAGCCAGCUCGAUAAGGGGGGGGGGGACAUAAUGCAGAACACGAAUAUAUGAAUAUGCCCCUCCCCCACUUAUAGAGCUGGCUACGCCACUGUUAUCAAGAUAUGAUGGUGUGGAAACUAAACAGAAGUGUUUGUCUUAUGCUUUUGUCUCAGAUUAUGUUAAUUUGUGCACGGUCACGGUGAUUGAGCUCAUUGUAUUUUCGUAUAAUGAAAAACCGUUCAAGUUGAUACAAAAGGAUUUGUGCACGGUAAGGUACAGUUCGACAUCAAACAUAGGUCUUCUAUUUUGUGGCUUUGAAGUUUGCCGGGCUAUGACAGUCGGACUAUGAUCACAGUAGAAAUUUUGCACACGUAAAAUCUACGUUGUGAAGAAUUGGUAAGAAAUGUUUGAGGAAACUGUUAAAUACUGAGUCAGAUCCCUCAAACAUUUCUCACAAAUCUUUCAAAACUUAGAAUUUAUCAAUCGAAAAUUCUUGCUGUGAUCACAGAAACUUUGGUAGUGUAAACUAGCCUUUAUUUAACGUCACUUCUGUUACCGUUAACAACCAAAAGUCCAUGGAAAUGACGUUUCCUCUACAUAAGAAAUGUACUGAAUAUGACUGAAUAAGUAUGCAGAUGAUCUCGAUACGCGGAAAAGUACUGGCACUAGUUGUCAAAUACAAAUCCAUUUUAUGAUUAAAACAACUGAAUAUCUCCUGUAAUAUACUUUAUUUCGAUUCCAUAUUUUUGUCAGAGCUAUAGUUCUCAUAACCAAAAAUAAUUGCAAAAUUUCAACUAGUUUCACAAAGAAUAACGAAAGAUAUAAUUGACUGAAUACAUCAAAAUGAAUUUCUAUUCGGACAACCCUUUCUGAACGCUGAUUGGCUAAAAUACGAACACAAGAUCACCUGGAUGUAAAGCUGCUGAUAGUUGUAUGUGCACUUUAAAGAGUAAAUAUAAUGCCAGUGUUCCUUUGGGCGCUUGGCGUCCCAGAAAAUGGCUGACUCUUUAGACAUUUAUAAGUGAUUUCUAUCGGAAUCCUAUUGAGAAACAUCUUCUGUUGAACGAAGUAAGUCAUUCUAUCUUGUGAAAUGUUGCGUUUUUUAUGCAAAAUGUUUGUAAUGAAAGUAUAUUCAUGAGAUACAGUGGAAUGUAAACAUAAAAUGUAAACGCAAGCUUACAAAGGAUCACUGGCAUGAUAUUCACUCUUUAAAGGAAGAUUAAAUUGAACCUGUAAAAAAUUUAAGCUUUGCUGAGUAGACAAUGGAUAACCCAUCAUUAAGACACCGAACUUCACUACGAAAAAACAUAUACUGCCUCCAACUAGUUUUUCUGUUUCUGGUGUUAUGCACUCUGGUGAAAAUAUAUGUCUGCGAUGUUGUCUCUAAGUGUGUCCAUACUGGGUAAGCUUGAAAGUUUGCUUAAUUACGGUGAGAAUCGAACCCACGACCUUUGGUUUUCCAGUCCAAUGUUCUACCAACUGAGUAACGAGAUCAUUGGACAAGUAAACCAAAGGUGGUGGGUUCGAUUUCCACCACGUUCAAGCAAACUUUUCAGCUUGCCCGCUGUGGACACACUCAGAGACAACAUCACAAACAUAUUGCGUACAUAUUAUCCGCUCAAGAAAUACAUUUCUCCCAUUGAUUAUAGUUAUGAGUUAAAAUAUCUCGCCUGGUCUAUUAGUGAUGACAGACAUCCGGCUUCAUUUCAACUCAGUGGGUACCCAAUCAGUUGCGCAUAUUUAGUGGUCUUAACAAACUUCAAUUUUUCGUGUAGAAACUAUAAUUAAAGCCGUGAUAUAUCUUGAUGUAGGGACGACAAAAACGCUCACUUUUUCGAGAAAGAAAGAACAACUUACUUCAACAAUUAUUUCAACACAAAAACCAGCUCCAGAACAGAAAACUUCAUCAAUCCCAAAGGCCCAGGAGACUCAUAGUCUUCAGUCAACUACAGAACACUCUGCUGUAUCGUCAGAAGCUCCGAAAGUGGAAACAACUAAGACAAUGGAGAGCAUUGUAAAAACCACCACCAAUGUUGUACCAACAUCAAAUAUGAAUGGACAUUCUUCACAUGAGAAUAUGAACAAGCCAACCAAGAGUCCAAGUCUUCAACUUCUGAUUACGAAAUCUUCACUGUACCAGAAUAUGGAAACGCGAUCGUUGCAUACAAGUAAGUCUUCAAUAGUCAGUAACCUUGAUUCUCAUACGGCUGAUAGCAUCCCAGAAACCCAAACCACGCAGUCUUCCUUAAUUAAAAUGAAACAAGCUAGUCCAAGCACCACGAUUCUUACAAGCCUCCAAUCCACAGAAACAAAUAUCCAUUCGCUUCCAAAAGGCAAAAUUACAAACACUAUGUCUUCAAAGGCUUCAGAUCUUCUUCAUAAUCCUCCGUCAACUAAAUCACGCGAGGAAAUAUCAUCCCCAACAAUUAUUUUGAUCAAACCGUCAACAUCAGCCACCAGCAAUUCGUCUAUGCCUGUUUCCAAUCUUAUACACAAUUCUCUUACAACGAAAGCACAAGAGCACACGUCAUCUUCAGUAACUGCCAUGGAUUCCACGAUUUCCGCUCUUCACCCGCAUAGUACAGCAGUGUCCACUGCAUUCCCUGAAUCAACAAAUAUCUUUCACCCACAAUCUUCAAGUGUUCAAACUUUGUCUUCUUCUUCAGUAAGUCCAAUGGAUAACAAUAUAAUUCCCCCUUCUUCUUCAAUCGUUCUUUCAGAAAUUGGACAAAUCCACUCAACAGCAACGAGCAACAUACAAUCCUCAGCAUAUGUUGUUGAAAAUACGCCAAAAUUAAACAUUUCGGCUGCUAUAAAUUCCAUACCAACCAGUGUUUUACCUUCUGUUUCGCCAACAAUAAAUGUAGCGACUCCGUUAAAUACAAGUCACAUAGCUGGACAUUUGCACAAUAAUAUCUCCACAUCGGUCCAGCUCACUUUUAACAUGUCAGGGAGUAAUUCAAAUGCAUCAACAAAUCUCGAUGCUAGAGACAUGGCCACGGCAACAAUCCAACCUACCAAGACAUUCAUCACUCCAGUAGUAUCUAGCUCAGUGUGGGUUCCUCCAGAAUAUCAUCCAUGGGGAAAUUGGUCGACAUGUUCACGUGAUUGUGGAGGUGGAUAUACUUAUCAGACCCGUAAUUGUUCUCAGCACGGACAAUGUGACGACCAGGGACCCAGUAUUAAUGCUACCACUUGUAAUUUCCACAAGUGCAAUGGUAAGUUCAUGAUCAAUUAUAGUAUUAAUACUACUAUGCAUCUGUGAUUUUUGUAAAUGUAACUGUAAGUUCAUGGCAAAUUAGAAUUAGAAUCCAUCUCGUGUUAUCAACUCGUAUUAAUAUUAUAUUAUCUAGCUUCUUAUAUUACAACUUUUCUUGUGAUUUUCACAAUACUUAGAUCAAUAAUCAUGCUUGAAACGUCGGUGAUUUUUAAGGCUGUUAUUCAUUAACGUGACAUACUGUCCUAUAUGUUAUAGAAACAACAUUUGAUGUUUCUGUCAAUUUGACUGAUUUUGAAUGGACUGAUGAUUUCACCAAUAUGUCCUCUCAAGCAUAUAUGGAUCUUGUUGAACAAUUAAUGGAGCAGGUAAUUGAAUUAAUCGACCUAAUCACUUUAUGCACUAUUUAUGCCUGCACGCUUAGCCAUAAGUACUAGUGAGAAUUUGUUCUUUAUAUUUUAGAGUAAUGUUUUGCUAAAGCGUUUUCUUUUUUUUUCUAAUCAGCUACGCGCAAUUUAUGGACAAAAUGCAUCCAUCGCGAUUAACACAAUAAGGUUGGUAACUACAUAAACUUAAUAAUCUCACGGUUUUUAUAAGCAUUCGAUGUAAUUGACAUUCCAAACGUCGGCUGGCUGAUCCUGUUUUACAAUAUGAUGCCGUUGUUUAUGUCUUAACUAUCUUCAUAGUUGUCAUUUACCUGAGCAUUUACCUGAAAACCAAAAUUUUACUCUUGAUGUACCAAUAUUGCCAUAUUUGGCACCCGAUUCCACCAUCUCAAACUCAUUGAUAGGGUGGUUCAGAUUUUGACUUGCAUUGCCGUUACCAUUAAGUAGUAUGGGCCUUUCAACUCAACACGUCGAAACUUUUAUGAGGUAGUUCAGACUCCGGCAGCUUAUAUUUAAUUAGUUGUCAUAUUUCUCCCUCAUAUUUUUCAGUAUAUUUUGUCUUCUAUACUAUAUUCUCUUUAUUAUUGUUUCCAUUUUCUUUCAAUAGCCAAGGAAGCGUCAUUGUAUCGUUUACCAUCACAUUUUCUUCAUCAAGUCAUAUCAGUAAUUUAACAAAUGCGAUCAAUGACGGAAAAAUUGGAAAUCUAUACGUCUCUUUGGUGAAAAUUGUCAAUAAUAUGGGUAAGUAUAUAUACAACCUUGUGCAACUACUUUUCAUAGAUUUGCUUAAAAGGAAGCGCACAUUUGAAUUGACGGUUCAUUCUGACGGAUACCCUAGAGUUAUCAUAGUGGUUCCUUAUUAUUUUUAUACUAACAUUUUUGCGAAAUAUGCAGAUUGAAGAUAUUUAUGAAAGUCCUGAAUACUUAAUGAGCUAUGCAUCUAAUCCAAAUUGAAAGCUUACGUCAUAUCAUUUGUACACCCCUAUAAAUUCCAAGAAUGGGCUCCGCCCGCCCAAUUACCUCCAAGAACUCUCUUGUAAAAUGUUGGCAGAAAAGUGGUUGGGAUUAUAAUGUCUGGAAUAACGAUAAAAAUCUACGGCUUUUUCCGCGGUUAUGAUUUUUCUUCAGAACUCAUCUCUGAAUCGAGAAAUGCCUGUAGUUCUCGAGGUCUUAAAAAUCAAAUUUUAUCGUGCCAACACGCCGGCUAUGACACUUGUUUUAAGCCACGGCUAGUAGUUCAAUGCCCGAUUAAACACUGUUGCAGGAUCAUUUAGUAAACAUAAAACAUGUCGUUUAAUAUAACUUUAGUGCCACAAGAGCCCGACUUUGUCCUCGUUCAAAACACGACAACAAAUUCCACGAUGAUACAUUGGAGAUCAAUACAACCUGACCAGACAAAUGGAAUUCUUCUGGGCUACAAAGUCACCUUAACACCGGGCAGCCUAAAUUGGACAUUAGAUGAUGAAGCUACCGCGGUUAAUGUUGUGAAUCUCAAUCCUGACACAGAAUACACCAUAAGUGUUCUUGGAUUCAACCUUAAUGGCGAUGGAGAAAAGAAAAGCGCAACAUUUAAGACAAAAGGUACUUUAGAGAAAACUCAUAAAUGAAUCUCAAACUUCGUUCUUCUAAAUAGAAUAAUAAAUCAUUCAUGAGUAUCAAUUAGCCAACCAUAUUAGGCUACUCAAUUUCGCUGAUAUGAUAACACUGGAUACCUGGUGAAGAAUACGGAUCCAAUCCUAGGACAAUAUCAAAAUUAAGUCAGUCCCAGAACUGGAUCCAAAUUAAUUCGCCUCACUUUAAGUAGUGAUUUAUUCCUAUAUGAGAUGUCAUAUCAAAUCCGACAAUAAUAAUAACUUUAUUUAGAGAAGGUAUUACAAAAACUAGUUUAGCAAAGCUAAUCUUACACUGGGCCUUCUAUAACUACGACUAUUAACAAACAAACAAAUAUAGUAGGUAACGUCGGGAAAAAAUAUAUAUGGUAUAUAUACAAUAGAUUACAUAUGACUACGUUUAAACCGUCUCUAAUAUCCAUCCUUUGCAACUAGUUCAGUCCUUGACUUCGCCUCAGACUAAACUGUGCGCACUGGAUAUCCAGUAAAGUUCUCAUAGUUGGAUUUAAUAUGUUACUUAACGAUUUCCUGGUAGAUUAUGUAGUGGACUGGAGUAUAAUUUUAAUAUCUUAUCUUAUUUAAGUUCUUUAUUUCCCACGCACAUAGCCGUUAUUCCAUAUUGACCCGUCUUCCCCCUGGUAAAAAGUUCCGUCGUAUAAGUUGAUAAUUGAUCAGUUUUGUUAACAUUCAUAAAAUAAUUCCUAGAACUUCCCCCAUAUUUCCUUCCUUGGAGUGACUGGAGUAACUGCUCACGUGACUGUGGUGGAGGCCUGACGUCACGAAAUCGCAGCUGUUUAAAAGAAAACAUGUGUUCUCAUCUGGGAGAGUUACAACAGAAAGAACAUUGUAAUGUCAAAAAGUGUAAUGGUAAGUUAAUUCGUGGCUCGACAUCCACAAUAAAUAUCUUUUCUUGAAUGAAAAUACAAAGCGAAGUACUGCAUCUUUGUUUGUUAUUAAGUUACAAUUACAUGUUUGAUCUAUUGAUUUUUGUAAUAUCGAUAGGUCUACGAUACACGAAGCUUUUCCGGUUUUAAAAUGAGUGUGAAUGCAGCUCGGUUUUCUUUAAAUUUUUAGAAUCCCUUUUUAGAUUCCUUCUUAGAUUCCCAUUUUUAGAUUCCCAUUGCCUUGAUCAAAAUUUAGUCUAUAGCUGGAAUCACCCAUUAAAUAUUUAGCACUUCAACCAAUAAGUACAGUAGUGGGAUUGCCAUCGUGAAAUUUAUAUUCCCACUAAAUAUAAAGCUCAUUGGUAUAUGCCUAGAACUUUAAACCAAUGUUCUACAUGUGUUUAGAAACAUCUUACGAGGUUGGGCUGAACAUGACAAAUGUUGAUUGGACGGACGACUUGCACAAUAAAAGUUCAAAAGCAUAUCAAGAUCUCUUAGCGAAAUUUCUAGAAGAGGUAUAUUUCGUUCACCAUUUGCGAAAAAUUCAACUAUAGCACCUCUGGCUGGAACCUGCGACCCUCUGAUGCCGGUACAGCGCUCUAACCAACUGAGCUUCAGAGGCCAGUUGUCGAGUUCUAACCGCAAGUUCAUGUAUAUGUACUAAGGUGAUGCCAAAGUACGGAGUAUCAGGAUCUUGGGCAUCUACACUCGCUAUAAUUUCUAAAUAUCAGGAUUUGGGGUAUUUGAUAUACACUCGCUAUGAUUUAGGCAUCUAUAUUCAAGUCCUACGUAUAGAUGCCUGAAAUCCUGAUAGUAGUUUUAGAAACGAAUUAGACUAGGAAUUGGAAUCACCAUAAGUAAUCCAAAAAAUACCUGAGCUGCAAGUGGUAUUUGAACACACGACUCUCGAAGUUUACCUCUAAGCUAUUGGAGACUGAGUGAUGAGUAAUGGUCCUAUGUGGAUUUUCACCUACAUACGGCAUCAUGCAGCCACGCGGUCAUGUAUAUGAAUAUUGCAAUCUAGAUAAUUAAAAGUUGCUUCGACCGAUCAGUUAGAGUAAUCUCGCUAGCUGGACCGAACCUAAUAUCCAGGGACGCCGGAACUGGGGGGGGGGGCAGGAGGGGAAGCCGCCCCCCUUGCCCUUUACCAGGAGGAACAAGGGGGGCAAAGGUGCCCUUUCAAUUUAUAGGAUUGCCUUGGCGAAAUAGCGAAUUGUCAGAAAUGUUAGUGCAAUUCUUUUACGAAUUUGCUUCAGAAAACGCAAGAAAUGCAGUCAUCGAGCUUCAAGAAUAGCUCAAUCGCAUGGCGGAGAACCCCCUCACACACCUAUCAUCCAAUAAAUAGAAAAAAUGAUUAGGCAAAGUUCAACUCCCGCUGUUUUGCAAACAUCUCUUAGUAUAUAUCAAUUCAAAAGUGCCCUUUCACGAAAAUCUGCCCCCCUUGCCUUCACAUCGUUCCGCCGUCCCUGCUAAUACCUCCAGGCUGCCGGCUAUACGACAACAUUACAGCAGAAAGAAGUGUGCCAGUCGAUCUGUAAUACACUUGUUCCCACUUAUUUGAAAUUAACGUCAGGAAAGUAAAUAUAGUCCUAACGUAAUUUUAACCAAUAUUAACGCAGUAUUUCCUCUUAUUCAUAGCUAAGAAGGAAAUAUCCAAAUGCAACUAUCGAAAUUGGAACUAUUACGUGAGUAUAUUAUCUAAUUUCAUCAACUUAUAGAAACAGCGCCAUCGAAAUGACCGUGAGGGGAGCAGGCAAUUAUUUGAUACGGAGAUUUUCGAAAAAAAUUCGGAUUAGUAUCAAAUAAAGAUUAGAUUUAGAUUAAGAUUAGGGUUAAAGGUUAGAGUUAGGAUUACGGCUGAACAUGUGUCGCGAAUUUAAUGCAUUGAUAAAUUCGGACGUGUUUAACAAUUUACUCAUAUAGUAAACUCAAAGGUGGAGCUCAUGCUGCUUAUCUUACUUACUUUUCCUAGAAUAGUUAUCUUUACAACAAUUGUGAUUACUUUCUUAACUGUGUUUAUCAUAACAUCACCUGUCAACUUUCCCUGCAUGUGGGAGGAAACUGGAGCGCCCGGAGAAAACACACGACUUUCGACAGAGCGUUGACAGGCUCUUUUCACAUGAGUCCAUAGCGAGAAUCGAACGCACGAUCUCAGAGGUGAAAGGCGUUUGCUCUGAAGACUGCACCACCGAAGACCUCCGAAGUUCAAAUUUAAAAUAUGAAUUAAUUUGUAUUGUCAGCUUGUGUAUAUAUCACUAGUUUUGUCUCAUCCACAUAAUAUACAGUAUUUUGUCGUCUGCAGGAAUCAGGAAAAGGUAUAUUGUAACGCUUUGCCUGCAAUGCAGAUGUUACAAUCAUCUUAUUCGUGUUCUAGGCAGGGAAGUGUGUUAUUUAAUUUUAAAAUAACUUUCCCGAAAGAAACCGAAACUGAUGAAGAAAGCUUUGCCAAUGAUUUGCAAAAAAAUGGUCUUGGGAAUUUUACAACUGAAGUUAACAAAAUUGAAAACGUAAACCGUAAGUUUGUUGUGGCAGAAUUAAUUAUGAGGCAAUUCAUAUUGUACAUAAUGUAUAACAAAAAUCCUUGUGAAACUGUGGAAACAUUAUUGAUUUGAUAUUGUAAUGCAUCCAAAAGACUUUCCUCGGUUAGUUGUUAGAAUUUAUUCAAAUAUCUCAAGUAAACCAGGAUAUUGUGAUGGCGUGGUAGUUGGUAAGAAUGCUGGGGAUUGAUAGGGAUGCAAAUACCUGAAAAAUACAAGGAGAACUUCGAUGUUUCGAACAAAGUACCUUCGUCAGCUAGAGAAGUCCCUACGUUGGGUAUACCUACACUCGCAUAAACCGUUCGUAUUUGUUAAAGACACAAUUCAGCUUUUUGAAUGAUUGUUUUGAAUGAAGGCGAUCCUUUUAAUUGAAAAACUAACUAGGAAAAUCAAUUUAGCAUCAUUCAAGAGCAGUGAUCUCAAUGUUUUUAACAUUAUUAAUGUGAAGAACAUUGAGUUUAUUGAUCUUGAAUUACACUGUAUGCUUCAUUGAUUUUCCUAGUUAUAGUUUUUUCAAUUUAAAAGGAUUGUAAUACGCCUUAAAAAGCAUCAUUCAAAAGGCUGAACUGUGACUUUAAUGCAUGUUCCUCUCACCUCUUGUGGGGCUUGUGGGCAACGUCAUGCAGGCCAAGAUUCAAUUUGGGGUCCUAGCCUCAUUCUUCAAGGAUAUUGAAACCACAAAGGUCGCAUUACUAUAGAAAACAUUCAGGGAAAACAAUUUAGAAUUGACAGAGCUAUCCAGUAUAAGUUACGUUACCUUAAUUAAAUAGAGCUAAACCAAAACAAGGUUACAUUGUCAGGGUCACAUUGUUAAUUUAAUUAAAAUAAUAAUGGGGAUUAAAGAAUCGAGGAUUAUUUUAAUAACGAUUUUUAUCCAAAAUAUGAUCGCAAAGAUGAUUGAAAGUAUUAUACACGUUGAUCACGCUUGUGACUCGAUUUAAAAUUUUGACGUUGUCAAAAAAUACCACAAAUUAAAAAAGCAAGUCAAACGUAGUAUAUACAAAAAAUUUGGAGACUUUAUUUUGAAGAUUGUGGCACUGGCACAAUAUGAACUUCGUAAUUUUAUUAGAAAAUAUGUGGGACCGAGACUUGACGAACAUGCAUACCAGUUCAAUACAAAAUAACAUGCAUGCUUCUGGUGCAUCCUAACAUCAUAUUUAAAUUGACUUGUUAUUUUGGUUAUCUGUAUAUCAAAGACCUGUUUUGUUGUUACAGUUCCACGUGUACCACCUGGAUCUAUCAAUGUUACCAUGGUAACUCAUCACUCAGCAGUCAUAAACUGGUACCCAAUCUCCGAUGAAGAUUCGAACGGCGCAAUCAUUGGUUACAAGAUUAUACUCAUGUCUGGUGAUAACAAAACAGCGGAUUUAAAUAUCACUGCCCAAGCAUCAGAUACGGAAUUUAGUUACGUGCUUGAAAUGCUGGCUCCAAACACUACAUAUCAAUUUUAUGUGUAUGGGUACAAUAUAAAUGGUGACGGUCAUAAAAGCGAAAUGUUUUUCUUUACAACCAAAGGUAAACAUUGAUACAUUUAACUUUCGUCCACGGGCUAUAUAGUUUGGCAAAGUUAUAUAGUUUGGCGCUUAUAUUUAUUACCUUCGAUUUUGAGGUGUUUUGUGUGAAUUCAUUGACUAUAGUGUUUUGGUCUCAUGAAUUUGUUUCAUGCCGAGUCGUUCCAAUUUGCCAUGCACUGAAACGCAAUGCCAUGCAAAACAACUACAAUGCUCUCGGAAAAAGCUUUUUAAAUUAUCUUUGGCUUAUGUCUAAUGCUCCCACAGUCUUUACCGAGUUAUCUUAUAAUUAACAGCGUAUCCCGACGCCCCUCGCGACCACCACGAUAAACACAGCCAAGAUGGGACGUGGAUUGCAGCAUCAGGAAUUGUUUAUUGUUCGAAGCAUGUACAUUAUUCCCAGUUCAGUAACAGGCUAACAGCAUGCUUAAUAUUGGCCAUUGCUACUAAAUCGAAUUUGGAGGUGGAAGAUGAAUAUUGAAUACUGGGUUUUGUAAAAUGGUGAAUAUGAAUAUUUGGGAUAAGAAUAGGAAUAUUGAUGGUAGGAUUAGGAAUAUGAAUAUUAAGAGGAAGAAUAUGAAUAUUUUAAAUCAUAAUUAAUAAAAAUUUAAGAUUGGAACAUGAACUUUAGAGAAGGAAUAUUGUAUAUUUAAGGGAAAAAUUAAAUUUGUUUUUGUUUUUCUUUUCCCAUAGUCCAAAUACCAAAGAUUGUUUCAGCCAACAUAUCUGCCAUCACAACAACGCAUGCUCUGUUUUCGUGGCAAAGGAUCAACGACAACAACGAAACAUACGGUGUUAUUACUGGUUAUAAGAUUUUCAUCACACAUAACCACCAACCACGUGUAGAUCACGAGGUAUCACAAUUUGAAAGCGAAGUUCAUAUCAACGAUUUACUUCCAAACACAAGCUAUGGCGUGAUUGUCUUUGGGUACAAUCAUUAUGGUGACGGAGUGAUCAGUGAUAUGUUCAACUUCACUACAAGAGGUACGUUAGAUUGUUUCAGUUGUUGUCGCAAUUUGUGGUGAUAGCAACUUGUACAGCAAAAUGAGCUUGUUUAGCCCAGUAAGCUCCAUAAAUGUAUACAGCUAAUUCAAAAUAGGUUGUCCUUCAAAAAGUCUCAAAUCGUAAACAUUGAGCGCGCAAACUAUGAUGGGUAUUGCUUAUUUCGAGCCUUAGAUCGGAAAUUAGCUUAGGGAACCAAACAGUCCUACGUCGAAAGUGUUCAUUAUAAAGUUAUUAUCCCAUAGCAUGGUUACAAAGCAAAUUUACCCAGUUUAGGACUAAAAGGGCGGUGCCCAUCAUCUCUUGCAAACUCAAUGUUUAAGGUUUAUGAUUUUUGAAGGACAACCUUAUUUGAAUUAGCUGUACACCUGGAGCGAGAACUCUGACGUCCAAUAACAAACCGCGCAGACAAAACAAUAGAAAGGGAUUGGAACUGACGUCUAACAGUUCUUCAAUUUCCGCCAUCUUGGCUUCACUUUUUGGACUCGAGUUCUCGCUUCAGAUAUAUAUGGAGCACACUGGUUUGACCAAACCACAUAAUUACUCUGUGGCCAAACCUUUCAUCUAUUGCGAGGCUCGCUUUGACGUAUUUUAUGUACAGCGGUAAUAAACGCUUUCUCGUUUAUUAUAUAUUAUUUCUGAAAAGGAGAUGCAUUUAAAGAGAAAUUCAAGGUGAUAGCUGAGUUAGCUUAUUGGCGUUUAUUACCACGGUUACUUAGCACAGCUGCAAGAAUUGACACCGAUUACUCUAAUUGUGGUAACACGCCGAGAUGUACAGUGUUAUACAAAAAGCAUUGACAUCUGUUUCUCACUUUCGCUGGACACAACACACUCCUUAAACUGUACGUUACAUGGUCGUAUUUAUUUGGAAACACAUUGAUACAGCUGUACUGCAAAUUGUUGCCACGGGGGAAAUGAGGACUGAGGGGGAAAUGCUAUAACAGACAAAUACAUACUGCAGCAAGUGAAUAUGAAAGAGGGACGCACAGGCCAUGUUACAAGAGAAAUGUUAGAAACUGCGUUGCAGGUUGCAGCAAAAUGUGUCUCUUGUAACAAGGCUUAAAAUACAUAUGCACUGACCAGGCAAAGCGGUGCGACAUACAUGUUUCAAAAGAGGAAGAUCAUACAAUAUGUCCCCGAUUUAAUUUUGUAUAAAGUUUUCAAUGAAUGAAUUUUAACUUUCAUUGCUGUUUCAAAUUUUAACCCUAAUUGCGCAUCUUCUAUUCCGUUUAUAGUUCAAAUUCCGUCAGUACUCUCAGGAAACAUUUCUCAAAUUACAAGAACCAGUGGUGUAUUUUCUUGGAACAAAAUUCCAGAUAGCGAAGAAUCGUAUGGUAAAAUAUCUGGCUACACGAUUUCCAUAAUUUGUGAAAAUCAACACUCCAGCAACAUGACGGUUUCCCAGAAUAAAAGUGAGAUUGAACUUCGUGAUCUUCACUCUGGUACCAUUUAUAAUGUAACAAUUGUUGGUUUCAACAGUUAUGGUGAAGGACUUGAAAGUGAUAUCAUUGGAUUCAGAACGCGAGGUAAGGAAUGAAAAUGCUACCGGGGGGGUGGAGGGCGCUUGUCAUAAAUCUCAUGAAGACAAUAAAAAUCUGUAUACGUCUUGGGAAAGCGUCCUAGUUUGGUGAUGAUUUCCCAUGUUCAUUAAUAUGAUUUGGUAAUAGAGGUCGCUUUGAAUAUCUUCCCAUUGCUUGCUUCUACUAGGUCCCGUUAGCAAACGGCCAUAGGAGGGGCUACUCCCGUAGUUCCGGUGGUAAAAAGUUCAAAGAAUAAAACACUUGCACUCAAUAAGAUUAAACCACAUAUCAUGUGUCAUGGGACCCUCACUUACAGUACUGUAGUUAAUUAUCUACAUGUACAACCAAACUGUUGGGCGAUGUACUUAUAGCUAACCAAACUGUUGGGCGAUGUACUUACAGCUGGAAGUACUUCAUUCUGAUAGGAGCCUGAGCUUUAGUGUCGCAAUACACUUGUAGAGCAUCUUUUCGUGAUUCAAAUAGUUUACAAAGACUUCCCUAGACCUUCGUCAUUUUUUAAAGGAUAUUUCAUAAAUUUAAUUACUCGUUGACCGGGCCGGAUGAUAUAUAAAGCUGUUGGGCGACAUACUGUACUUACAGUUGAAAAAAUGUGAUUCUGGUUGGAGCCUGCGCCUUAGUGUUUCAUCACCCUAGUAAAGCACGUUUCGUGAUUUAAACAGUUUGCACCAUCAUGCAUUUUUAAAGGAUAGUCAAUAAUUUGCUCUGUUGGCCGGGCCGGUGUUACACGAAGAAAAUCUUGUGCCACCCUUGCUCGCUACGGCCCUUCUGAACGUUUCACAUGAGGUGGUGAGGAAUGUCCUCACUGGACUAUAUGGGUCUUGAAAAUGACGAUUGUUCUUCCAUAUUGAUUGUCUAGAUCUGAUCCCAAAAGCAAAUUCCGUUGCGGUUACAAAUAUUACAUUAACAACAGCCAAACUCUCCUGGGAGUUAAUACCACCAAAUGAAGAAACAUAUGGCAACAUUGAUGGCUACAAGAUCAUUGUACGUUAUGGAUCAGUGGUCAAUACCACGACAGUACGAGAUAUGGCAUCACUUCUUUUACAGAAUAUUUCAUCUAACUCAUCUUAUUGUUUCCAUGUUGUUGCUUUUAAUGUAUUUGGUGAUGGAUUAAAAAGCAACGAGAAGUGUUUCACGACUUUAGGUAAGUACGAAAGUAUAGUUGAUAAAACCAUCCACCUUAGCAAAACCAUCGCUUUCCUCCUGGAAUAUUGCGGGAAAUCCAAGACGUUUGGGAGGGCGGGGGCUCUCUCCAUGUUAGGUGAAUAAAUACCAAUGCUUAUGAUUCCGAAAGCUAACAAACUAAUACACACUAACAAACUCACGCCGCGAAUAUAAAUCAAUACCCAAAAUAUAAAUAGAGUCUAUGCAUGGAGGCAUCUUAUGCAGGAAGUCUUUGAAACCUAGAGCUUCAGAAAUGGCGAAAUGUGUUCCAAAAGUAAUUGCCAACGGCAUGGUAUAUCGUUGAUUUUCAAACGUUUUCUGAUUACCAGGCUAGAUUUGCUGCCAACCUACAACCAGUAAUAGUUCGUUGCAAAAAUUGAUCUAUUUCCUAUAAUUCCUAUAUUUAUUGACAUACUAUUUUUCCAUUUGUUUCGUCAGUGGAAAUAGAAAUUGAGGAGUUGAAGACGUCGGCUGUUGUCAUUUUGAAACCAUCCCAAUCUCACGCAUCCACUGCACACCCGCCACAUACAACGGAAAAACUCGUGAGCACAGUGUAUUCGCAAAAUAACACAAUAAUGGAAGAAAUGAAGAAAAGUAGCAGCGUGUUGACAAACAAUAGCAUGCUACAAACAAAAGGUACGUUCAAUAAGAUUGAUACAAUUGACAUACUAGAAUCGCUAGUAGCAUCAAUCAACGUAAUAGACUAAACGUUCAUCAGUUUGUAGAAGCUUAAGCAAAUAUACUUCAGCGUAGAAACGUCGCAAAAGAUGGAUGAUUAGUCAAGAUAAACUUUUGAGCUAGGAGGGAAAUAUUCAAAUAUCAGGCAUCAUUUGUCUCCAGAACUAUUACCUGUAUGGUUUAUUUUUCUAUCAGGUUACUUAGGAGAAUUAGCUAUAUUUGUAUUACAAGAAGCCUAAGACGUUUGGACGAAUAAAACGUCUUGUCUUUGCCCCAUGCUUCAGAUAUCGUAAAAUAUUGAUAUUAAUCUUCAAUAGUAUACAAUGAUACACAUUCAUUUCUUUUAUUAUAGCAAAAAAUUCCGCGAAGAUAUCUACAACUGCCGGCAACAUGAUUACCACCACCAUUUCGAUGGAGCACUAUCAAUCAUCAUCAUCUGUGAUAUCGUAUCAAGAAACUAGUUCCAAUUUGGAUGAACAUAGAUCAACCAAUACAAAAGCAACAAGCGCAUUUACCAUCACUGUUCGACCAAGUUCAACUACGAAAGAAAUAAGUAUCCAAAAUCCAGCAACAGUUCUACCCUCUACCACACUUUCUUCUCCUGAAAGUUCAACCGCUUCCAUAACCAUUUCCGAAAGUUCAACCGCUUCCACAAACGUAUCCACUCCUAAAACCACAUCUUCUCUUACAAGCCCAACCUCACCAGCAGCGGAACUUGACUACAUUGUUGGUAAAAUUCGUCUCACGGGCGAAACAUUCAAUUCUGAUCUUACCAAUCCAGAGUCCGAGGCAUACAAAACCUUGGCAAGCAACCUUGAAAAGUUGCUGGGAGAUCUUUUCAAAGCUGAAGGCCUUCAACUCGAAAGUGUGACGGUGAUAGGAUUUAGCCAAGGCAGCUUGAUUUUCGACUUUUAUGUGACGACCCUUAAGUCAAAGGAAUACCAGACAGGUAACUUUACUGUAGCCCUCCUUCAAGCUGUUAACAAUAGCAAUGCAUUGGAAGGUAAACCGUUUGUGUUUGAUGCAAAUGACUUCUCAAUCAUGCAAACCAAGCCAACAACUCCAUCAACUGCAAAUGAAGCAGAUAAAGGGUUGCAAAAGAAUGACGAGGAUGAUGAUAACGCUUUGAUUGUUGCGGUGGUGUUGUGCGUUUUGUUAUUCCUGGGUGUCGCACUCGUUGUAUUUUAUAUCGGAAAGAAAAAGGAUUGGUUUAAGAGGGGCAAAAGAAAGGUCGUCCCUGAAGAGUAAGUUGUUGUAUCUUAUAAUUUAAAUACAAACUAACAAAUAUAUCUGAAAACUGAGUUCGCAUUGAUAAGGAUGAAACUAUCUGAAAAUUACAAGGAGAACUUCAACGUUUCCAGGGAAGGCCCUUCGUCUGGGAGUUGGUGACUAACCUGUCGACGAAGGGCCUUUGCUGGAAACGUCAAAGUUCUCCUUGUAUGGUUCAGGAGUUGCAUGAUUUGCAUCCCUAUCAAUCCGAAUCUUUUUUUAUUAUCGACACUACCUAUACACUGACAUGCACAGAUCACUCAAGAUUAUAUAUAAAUAUAUCUCGCUUACAACAAAUAUGUCUUUAUAAAUGUAUGUAUAUUGUAGUCCGCCAUUUGUAUGCACAUGCCAUGCAUGAAUGUGCCUCAAAUAUUUUUUAAAAAGUGACUUGUCCUCCCUGUUAGAUUCUGUAGAGAUGCAGAGAGUCGCACAUUAUUUUCGGUUUUAGCUAUCCAUAGUUCAAAUUUACUAAUUAUCUUUAUAAUCUUUGUUACUUGUCAGUGGCAAUUGGUCAUGCUAUGCUAAUAAACCUGCAUCUAUAUAGGUUAAAGACAAUACAUUUCUAUAAAAGUUUGAAUAAUACAAUUAACUAAAUAAAUGCAUAGCAUGACCUGUUGCUAUGGCUAGCUUCGCCAUUGUUGCUUGUCAGUAUAGAUUUACAAAUUAAGAUAAACCAACAUUAAAAAUAUAAAACUAUCCAUUACUUUGUAGAUUAUUAGGUGACAUGGCGUCAUGAUAAUAAUUCUUUCUUUUCUAUUAGCGACGAAGAUGAUGAUGACGAUUUAUAUCCGUCUCCUACCCAAGAUACGGUUCGAUUAAAGACCGCACGUAGUGGACGGAGAACUCGUGGGGCAAGAAUUAAUGGUGGACAGAGCACAACUGAAUGUUAA